CUACAGUUAAAUAUAGAGAAGCAGAAGAUGGCGGUGCCGGUGCCGGGGCUGCGCUUCUUCAGAGGCUUAGCGGCGGCGCUGCUGCUGGCCGCUUCUUGUUUCUUGUCGCCGGCGCCGGUGGAAUGCCUCGUCCGUCAUUACAAGUUCAAUGUGGUGAUGAAGAAAGUUACCAGGCUUUGUUCAAGUAAGYCCAUAGUUACUGUAAAUGGGAAGUUCCCGGGUCCYACCAUUUAUGCCAGAGAAGACGACACCGUUUUGGUCAAAGUCGUCAACCAUGUCCCAUAUAACGUUAGCAUCCAUUGGCAUGGCAUUAGACAGCUGAGAACGGGAUGGGCAGAUGGGCCAGCCUAUAUAACGCAGUGCCCAAUCCAACGCGGGCAAAGCUAUACUUACAACUUCACCAUCACCGGCCAGAGAGGGACUCUUCUGUGGCACGCCCAUAUUCUUUGGCUCAGAGCCACUCUCUACGGCGCAAUCGUCAUUUUGCCCAAGCUCGGCGUCCCUUACCCAUUCCCCACGCCCCAUAAGGAACUCGUUCUCGUAUUAGGUGAGUGGUGGAAGUCUGAUGUUGAAGCUGUUAUUAAUGAGGCUACUAAGUCUGGUUUGGCUCCUAAUGUCUCUGAUGCUCACACCAUCAAUGGCCAUCCUGGGCCUGUCCAUGGUUGUCUCACACGAGGAUUCUCCGUGCCAGUACAACCUGGUAAAACAUAUUUGUUGCGAAUCAUCAAUGCUGCACUGAAUGAAGAGCUCUUCUUCAAGAUUGCUGGGCACAAGCUCACUGUGGUCGAAGUCGAUGCCGCAUACACAAAACCCUUCAGCACCGACACCAUCCUCAUAGCACCGGGCCAAACCACAAACGCCCUUUUGACAGCCAACCUUGAGAGCGGCAAGUAUGCGGUUUCGGCAUCAACUUUUAUGGACACCCCCAUUGUUGCGGUUGAUAAUGUGACUGCCACUGCCACUCUACAUUACUCAGGCACACUUUCUACUACCCCUACCAGCUUCACUGGCCUGCCUCCUCAAAACGCCACCCCCAUUGCAACAAAGUUCACAAACUCCCUCCGCAGCUUGAACUCAAAACAUUAUCCAGCGAGAGUCCCAUUAGAAGUUGAUCAUUCUUUGCUCUUCACAGUUGGCCUCGGAGUUAAUCCUUGUAAAUCAUGCUCGAGUGGCAACCAAGUGGUGGCUGAUAUAAACAAUGUGACAUUUGUUAUGCCUUCCAUUUCACUUCUUCAAGCUCAUUACUUCAAAAUUAAUGGUGUCUUUACUGAUGACUUUCCUGCAAAUCCACCAAUAAGAUACAACUAUACGGGAAAGCAGCCGAGUAACUUGCAGACGACAAAGGGGACUAGGCUUUACAGACUACCUUAUAACUCUACGGUUCAAUUGGUGUUACAAGAUACUGCUAUGAUAGCUCCAGAAAACCAUCCAGUUCAUCUUCAUGGUUUCAACUUCUUUGUUGUUGGAAGUGGCUUAGGGAACUUCAAUCCCAAGAAAGAUCCCAAGAAAUUCAAUCUUAUUGACCCUGUGGAGAGAAAUACAAUUGGGGUUCCUUCUGGGGGAUGGGUUGCUAUCAGAUUCCGGGCUGAUAAUCCAGGGGUUUGGUUUAUGCAUUGCCAUUUGGAAGUGCACACCACAUGGGGACUGAAGAUGGCAUUUCUAGUGGACAAUGGCAAAGGGCCAGAGGAGUCUCUUCUUCCUCCUCCAAAUGACCUUCCCAACUGUUAGGUAUGCAGAAGAAAUCUGGAAAUGAAACUGAAGUGUACUAUAUCAGAUUCAGAGCUGUGUCUCAAGACCAACAGUUCUGAUAGGGCCAACAGAAAGCAGAUGCUUAUUUCAAGCCAAGGUUGAGAUUCUUUCAAAGCUUGUUGGGYUCUCAUUUGUUAUUUUGGCUUGCGGGUGAUUCAAUUGUGAAUGAGUCUAUGCUACAAUGGAGAUUUUGCUCCUUUUAUUUUUUAUUUUUCCUUUUGGUAGGUAAAUUUAAAUUUGUAAACUAUAGGAUUGAUUGUUGUAUAAAGUCCUGAGUGACUUUUCUUGACAAKUAUCUUUAUUUCAUACAUUC